AUGUCGUAUCCUCACCAGCGAUCUGCGCGAAGCUCGUCCGAUCUCAACACCCGGUAUCAGCGCAUCUCCUCUCAUCAACAACAACAACAACAACAACAACAACAACAACAACAGCAGCAGCAGCAGCAGCAAAGGCAGAGGCAACAGCCUCAAAGAACUUUUUCGUCCACUACACCCACAUGGACGUCGCAACCUGUACCCGAGCCACCGCUGCUUCCACCUCUUGUGGAUCUGGCCAACUGGAUCGCAUCGCUGCCACCCAUUCAGGAAUGGCCUUCGCUACUAGUAGAUCGUCUCUUGCUAGCACCCAUUUCGCAGCUGCUCCAGUGCACGCGCGAUGUCAUCCUCUCGCCUAGAACACAUCGCAUCGUGGUGCGGCUUGGUGUUCUAGCUACGAUUUUUUGGGUUGCUUUGGCCGCCGCUGUCAUCAGCUAUGUCGGCUUCUACCGGGCUUGGGUGCCCGACGUGGGUCUCCGUAAAGAAAUCUGGCUGCAGUAUGGUCACAAUCGACCUCCGUACGCGCAUCUAGAUUUUGACCAUAGUGCACAGGGGUACCAUUUGCGCGAACCCACACCAUCUUCCUCGUCUUACAAUCCGUCGACCGACAUCAGCAGCGACUUUUUUGCUCAGGAUCAAGCGUAUGAUGUCACGCUGGAACUAUCGGUGCCUCUAAACCAGGCCAAUCUUGACCUGGGCAACUUUAUGGUGGACCUUGACUUGAAGAGCAAAUCCAAUCACUCGCUGUUUCACGUCAGCAAGCCGACGUUGCUUACCUAUUCGACUGCACCCGUUCGCGCCGCUUCGUCCAUCUCUCAGAUGCUUUCGCGCAACCCGUCGUCUUCACAAACACCCACCAACUCGCAAUUGCUGCGUAUCUCUCUGCUGCGAAGGGCGGUGUUGCGGCCCUCUUCGUUUACACCUCCACUCUCGUCGACGCGGAUCGAUCCACGGUCCGACCGAAAGGUCACACACGGUCAGGUGAGCGUAGGUCGAGCCGACGCAGACAAAUUCUGGAUGUACGGCGGCAACCACAACACGCUAGCUGGCAUUCAUACGCUCCCUGGUAACGGCCGAGUCGUGCCACUUGCCGUGGGCUCGCACUCGAGCCGUGGAGAGCUGCAGACGUACGCAGCGAGCAUACGGUUCGAUGCGCAUCUCACCGGCUUGCGCUUCUUUAUGUACCACUUUCCUCUGCUGUCGUUUUUCACGUUUACGACGUUGUUCCUGGCGUUUGAGAUGGCAACUGCCCUGACGCUGUGGGCGGUAGCAGCUAUUUACACGAGCUCGAUGACGAUCGCGCCAAUCUCGUUGGAUGCGGAUGAGCAUUUCCAACAGCAGCAGCAGCAGCAGCAGCAACAGCAAGAAAAGCCGUGGCGUUCUGCACAGACGAGUGGCGACGAGUACGGUGUCAAGAGCGAAACCGAGACAACGCUGAGCACAGAGGAGCAGGGUCGAUUCGAGAGGAGAUUGGAUGAUGAAGACGAGACGGAAACCGAAACCGAAACCGAGACGAGGCGGAGAUUCAAGCACGAAGCGCCGAUCAAAGUGGAAGAAUACGACGACCAAGAUCAAGAAGCUUUACGCGCUAAUCAAGACGAGCAAAUGCGGUUGAGGUCGCUGGAGAGUCUACAGGCGAAAGACGCGGCUGAUCUGGCGGAAGCGAUCAGGCAAUCGAGGAUGCGCGAUUUGCUAGAAGCCAGGAGGAUGUCUGGAGCAGGACCGAGUAGUGAGCCAAGUCGGCUCAUGCAGGGCGAAGCGUUGAUGGACAUAAUCGAACCUAGCUCGCUGAUUUCGGGCGAGGAGUUGUCAGAGAUACAGCUGUCGAGGAGGGUGUUGGAUCGGCUGGAUGAGGAGACUGAGGAAGAUACGGAUGUUGCUUCGUCCAGGCCUUCGUCCAGGAUGGCUGCGAGAGGAGUGGGAGUCGCUGCGGGCGGAGGGGGCGAGACGGAUGCGUGGGAAGAUUUAGACGACGAAUCGGCGUCGGCGGGGUCCGGGAUCGAGGUUCAAGGUGGGAUGGGCAAAGCGGGCAGUAGUGAGGACGAUGGCGAAGAUGAGACUACGAUCGGCGGCUCGACCACAUCUGGAGCGUGGACGAGGAGGUCGUUUGGUGCCACAACUACGACGACGACUGCACGAUCUUCUUCUACACGCACGGACUGA